AUGUUAAAAUUAUUUAUUCUCAUCGCAUUAUCUUGUUCAAUCAAUUCAAUAUGGGCUGAUACGCCAUUCAAAGAUUGUGGAUCAGAAUUAGGUACAAUUCAAUCAUUUACUGUAACGGAUUGUCCAACAGCUCCGUGUAAAUUUGAAAAAGGCAAAACAUAUGCAAUGAAUUUAACAUUUACAGCAAAAGCUCCAUCAAAAACAGCGUCAGUUAGCAUUCAUGGUGUUAUUGGUGGUAUUCCAGUUCCAUUUCCAUUACCAGAUCCUGAUGCUUGUAAAAUGAAUGUUAAAUGUCCAGUAAAUCAAAAUGAUAAGAAUGAGGCAUCAAUGUCAUUACCUGUUUUAUCAUCAUAUCCAUCAAUUUCACUUUAUGUCAAAAUUGAAAUUAAAGCUGAUGAUCAACAUCAAGAUUAUGCUUGUUUAACAUUUCCAGCAACAAUAACAAGUGGUUCAGGUCAUAAAAGAAAUUUAGUUGGUUGGAAAAAAGGCAAAUUAUUCGAAAUGCUUGAUUGA